GCGGACAGACGGUUCCUUACCAAGUGAUUGGUAGCCCUCAGUCAAGAUGGCGGUAGAGUGGCCUCACUGCCCACAAUCAAGAUGGCGUCCUGCGAGAAGCGGCGCUCAGCUCCGGCCCCAGCGACUGGGAGCGGGCUAGUGGAGCCGGUUCGGGCGGGAGUUGGAGGCCGGGAGCCGGAGAGCGAGGCCGAGUUCCUGCUCCAAUCCGGGGUGACGUCCAUGGUGCGGGAGGCGCUGCUGAAGGUGCUGGAGGCGCGGCCCGAGGAGCCUAUCUCCUUCCUGGCCAGUUACUUCGAAAAGCUGGUGCUGAGCGGCCCCCAGGGCGGUGCUGCCGGGGACCGGCACGGGCAGCAUCAGCGCCUCGGCCGGGCUCUGUGGUACGUGCGCCUGGCCCACCAUUCACACAGGACUGCCUUUAACAACAACGUCAGCAUGGCUUACGAGUGCCUGAGUGCCAGAGGCAGGAGGAAGAAGCCAGGAGUCAAUGGGAGAAUCUACAGUGAGUUGCUCAAAAAGAUCUGCCAAGAUGGGGAAGCCCCUGAAGAGGUUGUUUCUUCUUUGCUGAGGAAGAUCCAGUGCCGGGACCAUGAGGCAGUGCCUUUUGAUGUCUUCCGCUAUGGGGUUCUCAGCUGCUUCGUGCUUCUUGAGUUUGUGGCCAAGGCUGAUACUUUGUACAAUGUACUUGAUGAUGGUUCAGGCGUGGCAGAUAAAAGGGUUUGCCAGGCAGUCCUGGGCACUCUGGAAGACGCUCUCGGAGCCAGCGACUUCUCUGUCCCCAUCCGUUACUUGGAGGCCGGCUCCAAGCUGGGACCAGACUGUUUGGCUUUGGCCAUGGACAAAGCAUUGCUAGAGAGGAAGAUUUGCUCCUCCAUGAACAGGGAAGAGUUUCUAAAGAAAGCCACAGCCCUAUUCAUUGCAAAAGUAAAACCCAUUGACUGAUGCUCUCCAGUGGGGACAACACUCCCUGUGUUAGGGCUUCAAAUGGAGCAGAUUAUUCUGGGGAAACAUCAAAUCCUGGGACUUCAGGUGGCCUGGCCACAGGGGGUGGGCCUGCCAGUUCCUGUCCUUGCCUGAAGAGCUCUGGAUCUACUUGACUAGAGAAUGCUUGUCUUAAAUUUCCUAUUCACCUCCUAACUCCAUCCUGAACACCUUAAAUUCCAGCCACCUGUAGCAUUUCAUCUGCUGGCUUAUAUAUCCACAACUGAGAACCUCCCUUUUAAAAAUGUUUUAUUUCCAAUAGCUAUUGUAAACCUCUGCUUAUAGCUUGGGGAACAUCCAGGGAAACCCAGGAAUUCCAGGGCAGUGCUAGAAACUAAAAAUGAGCCAUUGUGGCCUGAGCACAGGACUUGGAGUUAGGGACUUCUGAGCUGUGGUCCUGCUCUGCCACUGAUAUAUUUUGUAACUUUGGGCAAGUCACUUAGGUUCUGUUUUUCCUGUCUAUAAAAUGGGGGUAAGACCUUCUUCAGAGGGUUGUGCUGAGGCAUAACAGGUAAAUGCAGCACUUGGAGGAUUUAAAGUGCUAUUUAAGUGUUGUUAAUUAAAUGAUGUCAUUUUGUUAAAUAGGUAAGAUGAUGAAUAUCUGGCAAGAAAUGAGAUUUCAUCAAAAGCAGAUGUGUUGGCCAGUGGCUGAAUUUCAAAUCCCUACAUUAGCAUUAAACUAUGCUGAGUGUUUCAGCAUAUUGCAAUUUACUAAACUGCAUCCUGUAAUCUGGACCCUCAAAAGCAGAGAUCAUACAUGACUGGUAAUCUAUAAAGCAAAACUGUGGUAUAUUAAAGAUUUGCUAGUAAGUUUGGAAUUUAAACACCUGAUGAUGAAGCAAAAACAGGAUAAAUUCUAAUUCCCUUCUGGGCUAAUACACCUUGCUAUGUUUACUUCAACUGGCGAUGCUGGUUGGACCAUACCUUAUUUAUUUAUGAGUUUAGAUCUAUGAUUAUUCAUGCAAUGCAAUGAUUUGUUUAUAAGAGGACAUUAAACUGUUUAAACUUUUA